AUGAACGGGCACUUUGCUGCCGUCGGCGAAGAGCCGGACGCUCAGAACUAUGAGCAUGGCAUUCAAGUCAUUGACGACCAGAAGGACUUCAACGUCAAUGUCAGCAAAUACUUACAAAAAGUCCACGUCGCCGAGGCGGGGUUCAACUACCACCUCAUCUCCGUUUUCGGUUCCCAGUCCACCGGCAAGUCGACGCUGCUGAACAACCUGUUCGGAACCGACUUCUCCGUCAUGUCCGAGACUAUGCGACAGCAAACUACCAAGGGUAUUUGGAUGUCCAAGAACAAAAAGGAGGCCGGCAUGGCGCAAAACAUUCUCGUCAUGGAUGUUGAGGGAACCGACGGCCGCGAGCGCGGCGAGGACCAGGACUUUGAGAGGAAGAGCGCCUUGUUCGCCUUGGCUACGAGUGAGGUACUGAUUGUCAACCUGUGGGAGACGCAGGUCGGCUUGUACAACGGCGCCAACAUGGGCCUCCUGAAGACUGUCUUCGAGGUGAACCUGCAGCUCUUCCUGAAGGACAAGCAAUCAAGCCUUAGGUCCCUGCUCUUCUUCGUCAUCCGAGACCAUCUUGGCACCACGCCCCUCGCGAACCUGCGCAACACCCUUGUUCAGGAUCUGACUAAGAUUUGGACCUCUAUUUCAAAGCCGCAGGGUCUCGAGAACUCCCGCAUUGAGGACUACUUCGACUUCGCAUUCGCCGCGCUUCCCCAUAAGAUUCUACAAGCCGAUAAGUUCGCGACCGAGAUCCAAAACCUGGGGAAGAGGUUCACUGCGGGGCACCGCUCGGGUGGAGCCACCAGUCAGGAGUUCGAGGGCGGUGUGUUCCUGCCCGAGUACCACCGUCGCAUUCCCGCCGACGGAUUCUCGAUCUACGCCGAGGGCAUUUGGGACCAGAUUGUCAACAACAAGGACCUGGAUCUGCCAACACAACAGGAACUGCUUGCUCAGUUCCGUUGUGACGAGAUUUCGCGUGAGGUUCUCAUUGGAUUUGAUACCGCUAUUGUUCCCUUGGAAGAUAAACAGGCCGACGCUGCCAGGGCUGGCAAGCCUGCCGUCUUAUCGGAGCUCGGUGUUACUGGACGUGAAUCCCGUGAAAAGUGCCUGAAGGCGUUUGAGAUCCAGGCUAGCAGAUACCAUAAGGGCGUCUACACGCGCAAGCGCCAGGAUUUGGAGGGCAAGAUCGACGCCAGGCUUAAGAAUCUUUACAACGCCCAGCUGUCUGCCGCACACAAGUCCGGCAUUGCGUCCUUCAGUGAUGCUGUUUCAGGAGCCGUCAAGGCUGGCCAAAAGUCCGGUGCCGCUUACGAAUUUGCCGAGAUCGUUGCCGCGGAGAAGAAGAAAACUCUCGAGUCUUUCAAGACUGAGGCUGAGAGCCUCGCCAUUCCAGGUGUUGCAUGGUCCAACUUCAAGUCGCAGUACGGAUUGUUUGAGAAGGAGCUCGACGAUGUGAGCGGUAAGCUGCGUAAGGAAGAGAUGCGUCGGUUGGCCACGAGAGUGGAGCGAUGGGUCAAGUCUCGAUUGGGCGAUGCGAUUGGGCUCGAAUUCAACAAGUUGGGCUCUGGCAGAGCCGGUUCUGGCGCACCUGAGACGGGUGAUAAGCCGUCAGAGAAGGACCUCUGGGACCGUAUCUGGAAUGUGUUUGUCGACAUCGUCAAGGAUGCGCAGAGCAGGUUCACCGAUCGUGCCAAGAGCUUUGAAGCUACUCAGGAGGAGGUUGAGAUCGGCCUCUGGCGCCUUAGACGCAAGAGCUGGGUAGCUCUGCGAGAGAAGAUCGAAGAGGAGGUUAUGGAGGGUAACAUUCUGUUGAAGCUGAGGGAAAACUUCGAGGACAAGUUCAGAUACGACGAGGCGGGUGUUCCUAGGAUAUGGCGACCCACCGACGACAUCGAGGGUAUAUACACAAAGGCGCGAGAGUCGACGCUGACUCUCAUCCCUCUGUUGUCGAAGUUCAAACUGUCAGAGACCUUUGGCCCUCCCGACCUGCCUUCUUGGAUCGGCAACCAACCGCGGGGUGUUGAGGCGAGCGAUGAGGAGGACCUUACGCCGAUCGGCGGUGUGGAUGAGGAGGACGGUAAGAGUCUUGAGGAGGAGAUGACGGUUCUAAGCGAGAGCAAGCGUCAGGAUCUUGUGAUCCGGUUCAAGAAGACGGCCGACGGUGUGUACGUGGAGGCCAAGCGCAGUGCCAUUGGUGGUGUUGCGCAAGUACCUCUUUACUUUUAUGCCCUGCUCGUCGCCCUGGGAUGGAACGAAAUUGUUGCUGUCCUGCGCAACCCCUUUCUCUUUAUUUUCCUCAUUUUGUUGGCGGGAGGCACCUAUGUCGCCUACACGUUGAACAUGCUCGGUCCCAUGUACCAAAUGGCCAAUGCGGCGGCUAACCAGGGAGUCGAGAUUGGCAAGCAGAAGCUGCGCGAGUUUAUCGAGAACUCGGACACAGCGCGCCAGGCCCUGGCCAUGCCUGCUCGCGAUAGUGAUUCUGUUAGCAUGGACACGUUGGACAGUCGGGGCAAGAAGAAGAACGCGGAAGAUGAUAUUGAUGACAUCUAG